AUGGCUGAUUGUUCUGCAACUAAAGUAGCUUCUACAAAACACGCAACUACAAAAACUACUGGCCCAGAAUUAUCGGAAGAACGACAAACGAUUCAUGAUAAUUUGACCGAAUGGUCGCUUAUGUAUUACAAUAAUAUUAAUAACAAUGUGGAUAAAUAG